UAGGGACUCAAGCUCAUAAUUACCACAUGGGGUUGAGGAGAGAGGGACGUGCAAAGAGAUAGGCUUCAGUUGGCUUUUCUUUUCUCUUUUAUUCCCUUGCUCUUCUCCUCUCAUUUUGUGUCCUCUCUUCUCUUCUCCUCUCUUCUCCUCUCCUCUCCUCUUCUCUCCUCUCUGCACCCCUCCACUCUCCCAUCUCUCGUACGCUGCUGCUCUUGCCAUUGCUCUGCCCCACCAUCUGAAAUAUGAAACACAAAAGGCGCCGCCACAAAGGGAAGAAAGGCUAAGAGAAACGGCAGAGAAAAGGACAAACAAAUAAAGUUUGCCCCCCUCUAUUCUCUUCUAUCUCCCUCCCUCCCCCUCCCCAUCCUCAUCCCCCUCUCCCUGCCUCCCCUCUUCCCCAGCCCCACAAACCAGAUCCCUCCGCCUCCCUCCCAACCUCCCCCAACCACUCUACUCGCUUUCUCUCUCUCUCUCUGCCUCUCCUCCCCCUCCCUCGCUCCCUCCCUCUCCCUCUCCCUCUCCCUCUCUCGCUCUAGCUCUAGCUCUCUCUCCACCCCCCUCUCUCUGCACAAGGCUCAGGCAGUUGGUUCGCCCCAGCGUGACAGAGGCGCACCGAGUGUUAUGUAGGACUGUUAUUUAGGUCUGUUACAGCAGACGGGGAGCAGCGAGCCCAAGGGCAGAGGGAACGACACAGAGCAAAACGAGAGUGAGAAGAGGAGAGAGAGAGAGCCAGAGAGACAGAUAGAUAGAGAGAAACAGAGAAGGAGUGAGAGAUAGAAAUAUAGAGCAAAGGACAGGCAGAGAACGAACAAGACUGACUGAGAGCGGAGAGAGAGAGAGAGAGAGAGAGAGAGAGAGAGAGAGAGAGAGAGAGAGAGAGAGAGAGAGAGGGAGAGAGAGAGAGAGAGAGAGAGAGGGUUGAGCGAGGCAGGAACCAGGACCACAUUCCAGCUAGUUAAGAGAAAAAAAAGGGGGAACUGGCAAGAUCGUGUGCUCUACAGACAGGCUGAGAGAGAGAGAGAAAGAGGGGGAAAGAGGGAAAAGAAGGCAGCAAACGAAAGACAACAGCACAUAACCCAGCCAAGGAAUUUUUUGGACUGGGGAUUGUGACUGUGUGUGUGUGUGUUGUGCUGUGUCUGACUGUUGCUGUUGCUGUUGCUGUCACUGCCGCUUCUGCUGCUUGCUGCUGGAGCUGUUUGUUGUUGCUCUUGUCACUGUUUUUGAGGCAGUGACGUGAAGCAGAGAGAGAGAGAGGGAGAGAGAGAGAGAGAGAGAGAGAGAGAGAGAGAGAGAGAGAGAGAGAGGAGCAGAGCAGAGAGGAGUCCAGCAGAGUGGAGUGGAGCAGAAGAGGAGGAGGAGAAAGCAGAUCGAGAGAGAGAGAGAGAGAGAGAGAGAGAGAGAGAAGAGAGAGGGAGAGAGAGAGCAGCGCAGCACAGCACAGCUCAGCUCAGGCUGAUUGAGUUAGAGGUUUUUUUCUUCUCUUCUCCCCCCCUUUUCCCUUUCUUUCUACACUAAGGAGAGGGAGAGUGCUCUUUUCUCGCAAGACAGCGACAGAGAAGCAGAGAGAGAGAGAGAGACAGAGCAAGAAACAGAGACAGAGAGAGAGAGAGGGAGAGACAAACAGUCUGACAGAAAGAGUUAAAGCGCGGCGAAACAAUUGAAUCGCAGUGUAUCGCGGCGAGUAUGUUUGACUGUAUGGAGGCCCUGGGCAUGGGGCCGCGGCAGCUGUACGACGUGACGGCGCGGGGAGCCUGCAUGCUCCGCAAGGCCAGCCCCUUCUUCGCCGGCCUGGACCCCUUCGCAUGGAGCGGCACCGCCAGCAUUCAGUCGGUGGAGACCCAGAGUACCAGCUCGGAGGAGAUGGUCCCCAGCUCUCCCUCCCCUCCUCCCCCGCCGCGCGUCUACAAGCCCUGCUUCGUAUGCCAGGACAAGUCCUCCGGAUACCACUAUGGCGUCAGCUCCUGCGAGGGAUGCAAGGGUUUCUUCCGCCGCAGCAUCCAGAAGAACAUGGUGUACACCUGCCACCGCGACAAGAACUGCCAGAUCAACAAGGUGACGCGCAACCGCUGCCAGUACUGCCGCCUGCAGAAGUGCUUCGAGGUCGGCAUGUCCAAGGAAGGUGAGACGGCGAUGAACUACAGUAAAGCUGUGCGUAACGACCGCAACAAGAAGAAGAAGGACGUGAAGGAGGAGGCGGUGGUGCCGGAGAGCUACGAGCUGAGCGGGGAGCUGGAGGAACUGGUCAACAAAGUCAGCAAGGCCCACCGGGAGACCUGCCCCUCACUCACCCAGCUGGGGAAAUACACCACCAACUCCAGUUCAGACCACAGGGUUCAGUUGGACCUGGGGCUGUGGGACAAGUUCAGCGAGCUCUCCACCAAGUGCAUCAUCAAGAUCGUGGAGUUUGCCAAGCGCCUGCCCGGCUUCACUACCCUCAGCAUCGCCGACCAGAUCACCCUGCUCAAGUCAGCCUGCCUGGACAUCCUGAUGCUGAGGAUCUGCACACGUUACACUCCAGAGCUGGACACAAUGACCUUCUCCGACGGCCUGACACUCAACCGUACGCAGAUGCACAAUGCUGGCUUCGGCCCGCUCACAGACCUGGUCUUCUCCUUUGCUGGUCAGCUGCUGCCACUGGAGAUGGAUGACACAGAGACCGGACUCCUCAGCGCCAUCUGCCUGAUUUGUGGAGACCGUAUGGACCUGGAGCACCCAGAGGAUGUAGACCGGCUGCAGGAGCCCCUGCUGGAGGCCCUCAAGAUCUACGCCCGCCGCCGCCGCCCCAACAAGCCCCACAUGUUCCCGCGCAUGCUCAUGAAGAUCACAGACCUGCGCGGCAUCAGCACCAAAGGUGCGGAGAGGGCCAUCACCCUGAAGAUGGAGAUCCCGGGCCCCAUGCCUCCCCUCAUCCGGGAGAUGCUGGAGAACCCCGAGAUCUUCGAGGACCAGGCGGACGGGGACGGCGACGGCGACAGCGACACCAAGCCCGACCUGCCGCCCCCUCCCCCGGCCUCGGCAGGAGGCCCGUGUGGCGGCGGUGGCCCCCCUCACCUCAAGCAGGAGCAGGAGGACGAGGAGGACAGCUGGGGCGGCGAGAACGGCAGCGAGCCCUCACCUCUGGAGGAGGAGGACGACGACGUGGACGACGACGACGACGUCGGGGACGACGACAGGGCCACGGACAGCGAGAGCGAGGCCUGGGGGGUGCAGGAGAGCCUAGAGCCCCCCCGCAAGAGCCACUUGGGCCGCGCCCAGUGAGAUGAUGGAUGAUGUGUCUCCCCAACACACACACACACACACACACACAAACAAGUGUGUAUAGAUGUGAUACACACUCACACACACACAUUCACACUCACACACACACACACAGACACAUACACGCAUACACACACACACGUGUAUACAUUUACUACACACACACACACACACAGUCACACACGUGUAUACAUGUACUACACACACACACACACACACACACACACACACACACACACACACACACACACACACACACACACACACACACACACACACACACAACCACACACACACACACACACACACACACACACACACACACACACACACACACACACACGAAAGCCAAUCGAAAGCCAAUCAAACAUGAACGCACACAACACACACACACUGUACACACCUUUCUUUAAACACUUCUGCCACAUAAAAUACACAUACACACAUAAAUACUGUACGUACACACAGACACAUUACAUUACAUAUACACAUACAGUACACACACACACACACACACACACACACACACACACACACACACACACACACACACACACACACACACACACACACACACACACACACACACACACAAACAUGAACACACAUUUUGAUUUCCCCUGUUUGGGGGAAGCAGUAGCCUUACUUGUAUAGAUUCUUUUCAACUCAGGCCAGACUGGUCAACGAUGAGUGACUUUGCAUUGAGACAAUACAAGAGGAGGUCGUACAGAGUAUGCAGUCCACCUGGCAGGGGCGCUGCCAGAAAUGCUGGGCCCCAUGAAAGAUUCGAAUUUUGGGCCCCCUUAAGGGCCCCUCUGAGUGCUUGGGCCCCCUUAAGGGCCCCUAUCAGUGCUUGGGCCCUUAGAAUCUGUACCACCUCCCCCCCCCCUAGCGGCCCCCAUGCCACCUGGUGAACUCUGCCGUGACGUGAUGUCAAGAGGGGGGAAAAAAAACAACAACAAAAACACGAGGCUAAACUCAUGGACUUUCAAGACGCUUGGUCUCUUUUCUAUAUUUUUCGUUCUUUUAAAAUCAUAUUUGUAUCCAAGUAAUGGAAUGGCCAAAACAAAACAAAAAACAACACACAGUACAGUACCGUUAACACUGAUGGUUAUGUUAAAACACUUCCUAAGAUGACUACAGGUCAAAAACCAAACUGAAUAUGCUAUGUACUAUUUUUUGUUUUUGUCAUAGACAUUUUCUUUUGUCCUUAUAUUUUAUGACUAGGCCCAUACAUAUCUAUAUAUGUUUAUUUUUUGCCUUUGUGUAAUAUUUUCUUUGUUUAAAAACUCGUGUUUGAAUAGUGUUCCUACAGAGAGAUGGAAAAAGAUGGAUAAUUGACUAAUUCUUUUUUUUUUUGUAACUGGCAGUCCUCUACUGAGCCUCCUGCUCUUCUGAUUGGCUGUUGCUAUUUGAGCACUCGGCUGAUUGGCUGAGCUCUCUGGGCACUUUGGGCUCACUGUAGAUGUCAAUGAUAAUCACCUCAGUCCUGCAGGCAUCGCGUAGGGCAGGACUUCAGCACCAUCGGACGACUCAGACGAUUGGCAUUAUUAUUAUACUUGCUCUCAUACUUCCACCCUUGUAGAUCGGAGGGUGCUCUUUGUUUAUGUUUUUUUUCUUUGUGUGUUGUACAUGUCUGUCUUUGUUUCUGCAUGUGUGUGUGUGUGUGUGUGUGUGUGUGUGUGUGUGUGUGUGUGUGUGUGUGUGUGUGUGUGUGUGUGUGUGUGUGUGUGUGUGUGUGUGUGUGUGUGUGUGUGUGUGUGUGUGUGUGUGAGUGUCAGAAUGUGUGUGUGCCAGAAUGUGUGUGUGCCAAAGUUAGCAGAUGGUUUCUCUGAUCAGAACGUGUAAUGUUAUCAGGGACCCCUGGACUCAGAUUAGAUGUAUGCCACAGGUAUAUUGUGCGUGCACAGGUAGGCUACAUCUACUGCAUACACGUGCGUAUAUCAUAUGCAUAUAUGUGGAUCUAACGAAUGCCUUGAUUCAUUCAGACAGCAGCCAUAUUGUGUAGGUCUACGGGCCUCCAAAGCACACAGACACAGAUAUUUGAGCAGACUUCACUCAGAAAAGGUGUUUCAGGUCAGUGCUAGUGGUUUUUGUCAUACGGACAUGUAGCACUUUUACAAACAGUGUGGGGUGACACACUGCCAUUGAUAAUUGCUAUCAUGGAUAUUUUGGGUAGUGUCACGGAAAGUAUGGGUUAGCCCAGGCUAGCCAUGUGCGCAAAGCUUGUAAGAUGGGUCAAUGACGUUUUCUUGGGCUCAGACAUCAAAUGGCACAACCACUGCUAAUGCCCAUAAAUGAAUUAGUAAUUGGUCGUUAAUGUACUGUAAUGUAUACGCUUCUUAAAUACUGUAAUCUGCUACAAAAAAAAGUUGAAUACAUACAAUAGUGGUAUUAGCUGUGGUUCCACCACCCAGAUGUAUCCUACUAUUAAAGCAUCAUUGACCCAGAUAUUAAUGAGGCUUGGUCGGGCAAAUCUCCCAUAGACAGGAAUAGAAGUCCAGGCUGUAGUUAGCAUUGUAGGAAGAAAUGGAAGGCCACUGGGGCCAGGAGGGACAGUGCCAACUGGGGGUAAUUCAGGGGGCCCUGGAAUUCGCCGGGGGUGCACAGAGGAUUUUGAUAUUGGCUCGGGUUGGGGCCCAGAAAUAUUUUCUCUUUCAGAGGGCCCCCCCUAGUGGCUAUGAUAGUCAUCGCUCCCAUAACUGCUCAUUCAGCACAGAUUAAAAUUCUCACAGUCAGUGUUCGGCCAAUAUUCACACCAGUGCUACACUGCGCCACAGUUUAGUGUAUUAAUAUUAACACACACACACAUGCAGACAUGCGUACACGCAUACUCAAACACACACAUACGUGUAUGCACACACACACACACACACACACACACACACACACACACACACACACACACACACACACACACACACACACACACACACACACACACACACACACACACGCAUACACAAACACACACUCUUUGUUCUUUGACAAACACUCACAAAAAACCUGUGUGCUGCACACACACACACAUACAUAGCCUACAUCCAAGUCAAUACAUACACACACAUCAUCCUUAGCGUCGUUGUUGUCAUUGUUGCUGUUCUUCUCAUCAUCACGUAAAGCGUCAGAGUAUGCAGACUCAGGGUAUCUCUAAGGACCAAACGCCGGCUGUCAGAACUGUAGCUGGACACAGGCAAUAUACUGUACAUACUGUACGUACAACAUGCAUUUUCACACGUGAUCUCAACCCAGUGUGCUUCACUCACAGAGUCCCAACACAACUCGCCUGCAAAUAUUAAAAAAACAUAUAAAGGAAGAAAAGCAAAGCCAUCAGCAGUCAAAGUUACUUGUACUUCUCUUGAGGGAUGCAAAAAAAUGUGUUUCAUGUGCAUCACAGUCGUUUUGUUGACAAACAAAAAAAGUAGUGUAACUUGUAACAUAUGGUCAAAGUUGACCCGACGUGAAAGCAAUACAAAAAAAUAACAAGGAAUUCCAGGUUUUUGUGUGAAACAGCAGACCUGCUUGUGUGUUUUAGUGUGUGUGUGUGUGUGUGUGUGUGUGUGUGUGUGUGUGUGUGUGUGUGUGUGUGUGUGUGUGUGUGUGUGUGUGUGUGUGUGUGUGUGUGUGUGUGUGUGUGUGUGUGUGUGUGUGUGUGUGUGUUUGAAUAUUGUACAAACUGUAGCCUUUUUUUCUCCAAAUGUCUGUGAAUAUCCCGGUGUGUGUGUGUGUGUGUGUGUGUGUGUGCGCGUGCGUGCGUGCGUGCGUGCAAGCAUGUGUGUGUACCAUUCACCUCAUCAGCAGUCACUGCAGUCUCUCUCUUCACGGUAAGACAUUGCCGUCAUGCAAAACGAAUGUUGAGAUUAUUGUCGUUCUGUUUCGUCUUUGUUUGUCGUCUGUUAUUUUAACAUGGCUGUGGUCAACACUCCGUUCCUCGGCCCAUGCCAACAAACUCUGUCAUGUAAAAAGAAAAGCCAUAUAAAACAGUAAAAGGCACAAUAAAAACAUUUUGUGA